AUGCCAAGGCCGAAGAAGCCAAAUCGACUCCCUUUAGAGUUUAUCAAUGUACCUUUUUCCAAACCGAAAGGCGAGACUGUAUAUAAAACAUGUUCCGAAGUUUAUCCGGAAGUAAAAAGAGCGCCUACUAAUGAUGCCUACUUUUGGUUUGAACCAUGCUUUAAGACUGUAAAAGUUGAAAAGAAGCGACCAAUAAGUAGGAGUACUUCGAGUCCCCGUCAACAUUUACCAGAGUUACAGUUUUUAUUAAAUGGGCCAAUUCCGAUUAAUUCGAUAUCUUCUCUCAAAAAACAGAAGUCCUGUCCCUUGUUCCCUUUGAAGUCGCCCGAAGUGCUUACUCGAAAAGUUGUUGUGUUAGUCGAAGAGACUCCUGAAAGUACUAAUCGUAUGACACGACGAUAUUCAAAGUAUAAUUCCACGGUUAACGCUUUGUCUGAACAAUUAUCUGAAUGCACCGAAGAUAUGUUAAAGCUGACAAUUAAAAAAUAA